AUGGGUUUUAAGGCCACACCUCUCGUGACCAUUCUGAUUCUUACAGUGGUAUCAGCUCGUUUGAUCAAGAAUCAUGCCGAAAGCGUUUCCAAAUCAGACAGCCGGGGAGACGGAAGAAGAUGGAAUAAAGUUCUGAAUCCUAUUCAACUUUGGGUAGACAAGGACAAGCGUGAAGUUGUCCCAGACGUGGCGAUCACUGGCACAGCGAAAGCCGUACCGGACGCCGAUGUGACCAUCCAAAGCCAUAGCGACCACGGUGAGGAAGAUUAUCCGCCAUUUCCUGACGGCGAUGAUAUCGACACAAGUAAUGAGAGAAACGGGGUCGAUACGACCAGUCGGUCAAUGGAGAGCGAUAAUGAUCGCGACACUGACGAUCACUCGAAGGACACGAGAGACAAGAGCGAUGACGAUAGCGACUCGUCGGAGAGCAGCGCCGAGAGCGAUUCGGGAAGUCGUCAGAGCCGAAAGGUAAGCAAGGAAAGCGGCAACGACAGUCGACUGAAGCGAGGCGCAGCAUACCGUGAGAACCAUGAGAGCAGUCAUUCUGGAGUUUCUGAAAGCGAUAGCAACAGCAGGCAGAUGUUUAGGAGGCAGGCGGAUGACGUCAGCAACGAAGAAGACGAUGAUUCUAACAGUAGACUUAAAAGAAGCACCAGCAAUGAACAGGACAACAGCGCCGACAGCAGAUAUAGAAGAAAUGCGAUCGAUGUCAGCCGCUCUAACAGCGGACAGGUGAGCAGUGCUGACGAUGAUAGCGCCGAUAGCCGUCAGAAAAAGGAGAUCCACGAGAGCGGUGAUGACGACGAAGAGGACAAUUCGGAUGAACAAACACAAAGAGACAAUGCAAGACCCGUCGAGCCACCUACCAUAGGCGCUCAACCGUGA